GUUACCACUGACCCCACGCCUCCCAUCACUGGACAGGAUGAGAGUGUCAGGUCUGAUUCGCCUGUCUGCCCUCCUCUUUGCCCUGGUAGCCUUGUGGAUCUUCCUUCGCAACUCCUCCAGCUUCAGCAGGAAAACUAUCCGUCUGCCACGCUGGCUGGCAGGCAAGGCCCCUCCGGAGCUCCGGGUGGAAAAGAACAAGUGUGGGCUCAGCAAGCCCUGCCCAGACAACUUCUUUGCAUUUAAAAUCUGCAGUGGGGCUGCCAACGUCGUGGGCCCUUCCAUGUGCUUUGAAAAUGAAAUUAUCAUGAGUCCUGUGAAGAACAACGUGGGCAGAGGCCUGAACAUUGCUGUGGUGAAUGGAAGCACAGGGCACGUGCUGAGACAGGGCUCCUUCGACAUGUACUCUGGAGAUCCCAAACUCCUAGAGAAAUUCCUUGUAGAAAUCCCGGAGGGUGUGCUGGUGCUGGUGGCCUCCUAUGAUGACCCAGGGACCAAAAUGAAUGACGAAAUCAGGAAGCUCUUCUCCAAAUUGGGGAGUGUCUAUGCCACAAAUCUGGGCUUCCGGGAUAGCUGGGUCUUCUUAGGGGCCAGAGACCUCAAGAACAAAAGCCCCUUUGAGCAGUUCUUGAAGAAUAGCCCAGACACCAACAAAUAUGAGGGAUGGCCAGAGCUGCUGGAGCUGGAGGGCUGCGUGCCCAGGAAGGUAUUCUAGGCCAGCCCUUCCUGGGCCAGGAGCCCAAAGAACUUUCUGGCUGACUUGGGAGCAGAGCUCAGGGUGGCUGCUGCUGCGCCAGCAGGGACAGAUCCAGAGGAAGAGGAGGAAGUAGCUGUGUGGACAGUGCCCGCUGCCCUGCACAUAUGACCGGCCACCCCUCUGCAACAACGAAG